AUGUGUAGUCUUUUAAUUAGCAUUUCAUUUAAGAAAAAAACAUCAUAUUCUCGAUUAAUACGACAUUUAUCAUCCAUACCAAAAAUAACAACAAGAACAUCAACGCUUUGUGAUAUAAACCCCAAUUAUCCGAUUAAUACUGACAUUGCUUCCGUUGGUACCAUGCCAACAGUUACUUUAAAACCAGUUACUAAUAAUACCACUUCAAUACAUAACAUACAAAGAAAACCAGCAAAAAUAUAUCUGGAGGAAAAUCAAACCAAAAUAAUAGAAUGUCUUCAGCAGAAGGAUAUUUUUCAAUUGGUUAAAAUCAAAAGGAGAUUCCUAACUAAAUACGGCGGAGAAUUAAAUACACAUUUAUUUUUCAAAAAAUGGGGGGAUAAAAAAAUUUUAGUAAACUUCCCCAUCCUUGAACAAGAUUUCCCUGAGAUUGCAAUCAUUUUUAAUCUAAAUUUUAAGGGCGAAAACAUUUUAACUUUAUUCCAAAGGAUCAUAGACAAUAAAUUGGAAAUUUUCACAUUGGAAAAAAAAAUAAACCUGACUUUAAAAUUAAUAAAAUAUCAGCAUGAAAUAUUGAAAUAUACUGUCGGGAAAAAAAACUUGGAUAAAUCAAUCAUUCAUUUGCCCUUUACAAUGCAUAAGUGGUUGUUUGAAAAUGUGCCUAGACAAAAAUAUUAUCAAUUUUAUUCUACCCUAAUAGAAAAUAACGUCUAUUUAUCUGGUUAUGGUAUGAAUAAAAUAAGGAAUCAAAUGUUAAAAUACGGAUCAGAAUUAGAAAGGCAAUUAGUUACCUUUCAAUUAUUCCUUAAAAAAUAUAACAAUGACACAUGUAUUAUACCAAAGUUUGAUGAGUAUAGAUAUAAAUUGAUUAAUUUGUAUAGCUCUACAGAUUUGGCAUUAAUAACAGAAUUUAUGUUAUCAGAAAACCACAAAUUUGUAAUUGAGGAUUAUAAACUGUAUUUUGAUAUUUUAGUGAAAAAAAUUGAGACUGACAAUAUUGUUAAAAAACAUAAUGAUCCAGGUGUUUUCUUACUUUUCCACAAAAUUCUGCUAGAUUAUUUAUUGAAAAAUAAACAAUAUAAAACUUUUUUAAAGACUUUGAGUUCGUUUUUAGAGCAAUUUAAUGAUUUAAAUUUGACUUCAAAUAAAACAAAGAUGUCUAAAAAAAAAAGGCAAGAAACACUUCGAUUGUUAGAAGCUAUUUUUGUUAAAUUAAUACAUAUUUGUUCCAAAACACCAUCGUUAAAUAUUGAGGAGUUAUUAAAUUUUCAGGCAGACUUAAUUACAAAUAAAAACAACAAACUUAGUAGAAAAUCAAAAGAGAUUUUGAUGAAUCUUUUUUUAACUAAUGUUAUUAGUAGUUUCAAUGAUAUCACAAUUUUAUUUAAAUUUUUUGCUAAAUAUUUCCCAUCAUAUAUGAUACAAUUAAAAAAAUUGGGUGUAUUGGACUUAUUCAAGUACAGUUACACAAAUGCUGAUGAGAACAGUUACUGCGCACAAAAUAUUUCUAGUGGAAAAGUGAUGUCUUCAUCUUUGAUGCAUGAUUCUUUUUUAACGAUUAUAUAUCAAAAAUUUGUUAAUCCAUACAUUUUGGAAAAUAAAUCUGAAUACUAUAACAUGUACGAGAAAUAUGUUUGUUAUGUGAACCAAUAUCUGAAAAACAUAGAGUUCAAUCAGGGUGUUAUUAAUUGUUUUUUAUUUUGUAUCAAAAAUCUAUUGUUUCAAGAAACCUUGGCGUUUGAAAUUUUAAAUAAUUUUAUUUCGAGGAUACCUAAUUUGGAAAAAUUCAAGAUCAACACCUCACACACUACCCCCUUUGAUAUUGUUUUUUAUAAGAAUAAAACUUUAUCAAGUUCGCAAAUCAACCAAUUAUUGGUUUUAAUGCAAAAAUUAAAUUGUUCAUUGACAUUUAAAGUAAUUAGUGGUAUGAUUAUAAGAUAUGAACAAAUGAAAGAUUUACAAGAAGCUGAAAAGUGGUAUAAUAUUUUAUUGAAAGGUGGGUUCCUGAUAUGUGAUAAAAGAGUGAUUGUAAUUGCUUAUAAAAAUCAAUGGAAAUUGCCUACAAAUGUUACUAUAGCUAUACCAGAUCGUAAAAUUGAAAAUUUUGCUGACUAUAGAAAUAUGAUACAGAUAGUAAGAGAAGACAAGGAAAUUAUCAUAACACUAGGCGAAAGUGCAUCAGAAAAAGAGAUAAAAGAACAGCAAGAAAAUGUGGAAAAUUUACUUGAAGAGGAAUGCGAACAAGUUGUGGAGCAACAAGAAGAAGAGGAAGAAAUACAAGAUUUAACGGAAUACGAUAUGAAAAACGCAUUAUCUUGUUUAAAGCUAUUCAAGAAUCUUUAUAAUUCGUAA